AUGCUUGUUCUUGGCGAACGUUCUGCAGCAUCUGGGGAAUGCCGUCGACUUUGGAGCUCGUCUUAUGAAGUAAUUGGAACCUUUCUAACAACCAUAUUGGACCCAAUAUCGGUAGAGGAAGAUCAAGUUCUAUCGCCACUAAUGGGGGCAGAGAGUCUGCUUGACCGCUAUAUGGUUCCAUGGAAGACAGCCGAUCAGGGCUCCGGGACUCAGGAAUGUCGAUGGACUCAUCCCGCGUCUCUAUACGUGGACGGGAACAACAAGAACGGGGGGUUCCGAUGCGUGAACAAUCUCUUCUCUUGUUCUCUGUCGAAAAUUUUCAGCAGGAAACGUAAGUUUCUCCCCCUCCUCCAUGGCUCGAUUUUUAUAUUUCGAAACGAGAGGAAUCAAGAAACAUCCAAGAUAGGAAAAGGGUCCUCCUCUGCUUCGGAGACGGAAUGUUUCCGUUUUUUCACUGUUAAUUCUUGUACUUAAUGUGACAGAUGCUCUGGUUUCAGUUCGUCUUCCCGUCUUCCUCCUUUGGCAGACCUCAAGCCUCGCUCACGUAGACUGACGAUCGCCGUGCUGGUUUUGCAGUGAAUAUGUCGGCAUUUGACGAUUUGAAUGGUCUCCCCGCGAGCACUGCCGCAUCAGAUUCUAGAGAAGAGGAGCUCAUCAGAUCGGUGGAAGAAAUGGAAGCCCAGGCCAUCGAAAACCUCCUUCCCGACGAAGACGAAUUACUCUCCGGAAUCUUCGAUGACCUCGAAUUGUUCCCUCGACCCGGAGGAGGUGGUGAUGCAGAGGAUGAGCUAUUUUGCACUGGGGGAGGAUGGGAGCUCGAAGCUGAGGACAACUCUUACGGCGGCAGGAGCUCAGAACCCGCAGGAGUCUUCGGUGGUCAAGAGGAGGCGAUGGGCGGGUCUUUCCCUGGAGAACACCCGCAUAGAGAGCAUCCUUCGAGAACCCUUUCUGUGAGGAACGUAGAUAGUAACGCUGACGAUUCUGAGUUGACUGCUCUUUUUGAGGUACACACCGUCUUCUUCAAUAUCUUACGGGGUGAUUUUUUGGAACCUCUGAUUUCGAGCAUGCUAAUGAACCUGCUUCUGGGACAGCCAUAUGGGGAUAUACGGAGUCUUUAUACCGCCUGCAAGAACCAGGGCUUCGUUAUGAUCUCAUACUACGACAUGCGAUCGGCAUGGAAUGCGAUGAGAGCCCUUCAAAGCACGCCCCUCAGGCAGAGGAAGCUCGACAUACAUUUUUCAGCUCCAGAGGUAGUAUUCCUCCCCCGUGUUCAUUCGCUUCGAUUUCUUUUCUUCUGGUUUUAAAGCCCUUCUUCCACAGGACAAUCCCUCCGAUCAAGAUAUCAACCAGGGGGGCACAGUCGUGGCGCUCAAGGUCGACUCCUCUGUUUUAGAUUCUGACCUCCACGAGAUCUUACGCGCUUAUGGGGACAUUAAGGAGGUUUGUGACAUUAUCUAUCGUCAUUAGCUUCUCCUCAGGUUUCAGGCCAAUCUGGUUUUGAAACACAGUUUCUUCUGCUGCCCAGAUCCUUGAAACUCCGUACGAUCGACAUCACAGGUUCAUCGAGUUCUAUGAUGUGAGGGCGGCUUCGGCCGCCCUCCUUGCUUUGAACAGGGGUGACGUUGCAGGGAAGGAGCCGUUUCCUAUCUUAGAGCAAGAAGCUACAGGAUUCCAUCAACCGAGAAGCCCGUCUACCUGUCAAUCUCUCGGUGGUCUCGUUAUGAUCUCUUUUCUCGGUAAUAACCAGUUGCCCUCUUCGUGGAUUUAUCGACCGGUAAAUAGUUGUUGGUGUGUUCUCAGGUUCACAUCCCCCUUCUCAAGCUUCGGUCAGCCUUGUCAUGGAAGGCUCGUUCCCGCCAGCACCAUUUGGUAUUCUUCCCGGCUUCCCCUCCAACCCAGUCAACCACGGUGAUCGGUGCGGACCGAUAAAUCCAGGGCUUCAUUCCCCCCCAACUCCACUUCCUCAUUCGCUUCCUGCUCAUAUGGCCUUCGGCGGGCCCGAGGACACCGGCGGUAAGUUGCCACCCGCCUUUCCUCUGCUUUUUCUCUCAAUUUUGGUGCAAAUAUUUGCCUUCCGAUUGAAGGAGAAACCCCAUCUUAUAUUCGCAGCUUUUGGAACCCCCGGGAACGGGAGCUACCCUCUCAAUGGUAAUCAGCAGAUCUGGGGGGAUCUAAUCCCAGGUCAGAUGAUGUGGCUUAAUCCAAUGCCACUAGGGAACCUCAUCUCUUCUCCACCGCCAUUACGCGGGCUCUUCAGAGCACCGCUGCCGCCUAAUAUGCUGCGUGGCCCGCCGCCCCUGGUGAAUCCCUCUUUGUGGCUCGGUUCGCCUGGUUUUCCUCCGGGCAGCAGUGGAAGCGUGCGAUCUGCCGGCGGCUAUCCUCGGCACCACCUCAGGCUUGCUUCCCACAGCUUGCUCCCUCUGCAGAAUCGGCACAUUUUCCAUGCCUCCGAUCGGUCCCGGAGACAGAGCAACAGCCGGAGACAGUACGAACUCAACAUCGAGCGCAUCAUCCGGGGGGAGGACUCAAGAACGACGUUGAUGAUCAAGAACAUACCCAAUAAGUAUGCCGCUCUUCCGAGCCAGAGAAGAUAAGGGAAUCGCCCGUUUUUUCUUUCCCUCCCGCGUGAGAUGCUCACUUGUUGCCUUCUAUCUUCGCUGGAGCAGAUACACGUCGGAGAUGCUCUCGGCCGCCAUCGGCGAGCACCACCGGGGAACGUACGAUUUCCUCUAUCUGCCCAUUGAUUUCAAGGUGGGUCAGAGAUGGCGCUUUCACUCAUCGACCGACAUAACCAUUUCUUGCCUUAUCUUGCACCAUCCACGAAACUGAGAAGAAGGGCUCUUCUUGUUCUUGAUCCUCCAGAACAACUGUAAUAUGGGCUAUGCGUUCAUCAACAUGAUCGACUCUCAGAAGAUCAUCCCAGUUUAUCAGGUUAUUUCCAUCGCCUGAGCUCGCUCGCAGAUGCCGUCGCGGGGACGCUCUCUCUCUACUGACAGGGCGGAUUUCGUCCACUUUGUUCGCAGGCCUUCAAUGGGAAGAAGUGGGAGAAGUUCAACAGCGAUAAGGUGGCGUCCCUCGCAUACGCUCGGAUUCAAGGGAAGGCCGCGCUGAUCGCCCACUUCAAAAAUUCGAGUCUGAUGAACGAAGACAUACGAUGCCGCCCCAUCCUGUUUCGCUCGGACGGUCCUAAUGCCGGUGAUCCGGUACGAAUUUUUUUUUCAUCUCUAUUUCUGUUUCUACCUUAUUCAUGUUCAAGCGGUCUGCUUUCUUUGGUGGACCAAUUGAUCAUUUCCACUCUUUAGGAACCCUUCCCAGUGGGAGUCAAAGACCGACCCGGGCCCAGCAGGCCAAGGACAGUUAUACCCGAGGAAGACAGGAGCCCGUCCGUGGGAAAAGACGCUGUGAACCGGACUAUGCGCUAG